AUGGCGCCGAGCCGGGACGAACCCAAGGCCAGUAAUUGGUCGCAGCCUUCUGUGCCACGAGGGACACGCGAGGAUCCCCGGCGACGCUCGAGAACCCAUCUGCGACGUCAUCUGGCGGUCGUCGUCGUCCUUUUGUGCGCCUUUGUCCUCGCCUACUUCCGAGCCCCCGCCUGGACGGGUGCUCCCUUGCUCUCCUCCGACGCAUCAUUGCACAGCGUCUGGCACAACAUAUCCGGCGAUGCCCAGACAAACGUGUGGGCGAGCGACGCCCUGCCCGCUGGCGACUGGCCCGAGGACCAGUAUCUGCUCGGCGUUGGCAAGGCCGACAUCACCGGACCCGUCGUCGAGUUGAACAUGAUGGGGUACGCAGACUUUGCCCAGAUCGGCAGCGGUCUGCGACAAAGACUAUAUUCGCGAGCCUUCAUCGUCGGCGAUCUUCAUAACCCAUCCGACCGCUUCGUCUACCUCGUUCUCGAUGUCCAGUCCGGCGAUACGGCAGUGCGAUACGGCAUAAUAAGGGGUCUCCAGGCUCUCGGUCCCCGAUACUCUAUGUAUGGCCACGACAACGUGGCCGUGAGUGCGACUCACUCCCACUCUGGGCCUGGCGCCUGGCUCAACUACCUGCUCCCCCAAAUCACCAGCAAAGGGUUUGACAAGCAGAGCUACCGCGCCAUCGUCGAGGGCUGUAUUCUCUCGAUCCGGCGCGCCCACGAAAGCCUCGAGCCUGGGUCCUUGAGCUUCGGCAAGACCAAGAUCCCCCAUGCCGGCAUCAACCGGAGCCUGUACGCAUACCUCGCCAACCCCGCCGAGGAGCGUGCCCGAUACAACACCAGCGCUCAUGACGAUGGCUCGGUCGAGAUGGACAUGACGGCGCUCAAGUUUCAGCGAACCUCGGACGGCAAGAACAUUGGCGUGCUGACCUGGUUUCCCACGCAUGGAACUUCCAUGCAGGCCAACAACACCCUGAUCACGGGCGACAACAAGGGCGUCGCGGCAGACAUGUUCGAAAAGGCAGUCCGCGGUGGCGAGAUGGAAACUGACGACUUUGUCGCCGGCUUUUCGCAGGCUAACAUGGGAGAUGUCAGCCCCAACGUUCUCGGGGCGUGGUGCGAGGACGGCUCGGGGCAGCAGUGCAGCUUUGAGGACAGCACCUGCGGCAACGGAAGAUGCAAUUCCUGCCGUGCCAAGGGCCCGGGAUCCGAACAGGAUGACCACGGCGCAUCCUCUUGUCUCGAGAUCGGCAAACGGCAAUACGAAGGAGCUUUGCGGCUUUACGAGUCUCUGAACACCGAAGAACCCAUCAACAUUCAGGGCAAGGGUGUCAAGGCUUUCCACGAGUUCCAUGACAUGUCCAACUUCCACUUUGCUCUUCCCAACGGCUCAACGGUUCGGACAUGUGCUGCCGCUCUGGGCUAUUCUUUCGGGGCUGGAACGUGGGAUGAACCCGGCGCCUACGAUAUCGUCCAGCACGUGUCCACCAAGGCAAAAUCCUCGUUCUUCUGGAGGAUCGUCACUUGGCUCCUGAAGGCGCCUGGCCAGGAUCAGAUCGAGUGUCAGGCGCCGAAGCACAUCUUGCUGGACGUGGGCGAGGUGAUGCGACCGUACGAGUGGACCCCAAACGUUGUCGACGUUCAGACGUUCCGAGUCGGCCAGCUUUUCAUCAUUGUGAGUCCCGGCGAAGCGACCACGAUGGCUGGCAGGCGGUGGAAAGAAGCCGUGGCCAAACAUGGCGCCCGCACCUUGGCCGACGACCUCGCCGACAGAGAGCCUCUUGUCGUUCUUGGGGGGCCGAGCAACAGCUACACCCAUUACAUUACGACGGAGGAGGAGUAUGGCGUUCAACGUUAUGAGGGAUCUUCUACACUGUAUGGGCCGCACACACUGGCAGCAUAUAUUGACCGGACUGUCUCGUCGUUGCAACAUUUGCGAAGCCACAACGCUCCCGCGCGGAAGUUGGCAGCGUCUAUGGUGCUGCCUCCUGACAAUAGCAAUCGAUCUUUCAGCUUUAUCCCGGGUGUUCUCUACGAUAGGACGCCACGGGGCCUCUCGUUUGGCGAUGUCGUCACAGACGUCAAUGUCAGCAAGCUACGCUUUACGCGCUCUGAGACAGCGCAAGCCGUGUUCGUCGGAGCCAACCCGCGCAACAACCUGCGGCUGGAGCAAACGUAUGCCGCCGUGGAGUACCGCCCGUCGCCGCACGGUGCCUGGGAGCGCGUCCGCGACGACUCAGACUGGGAUUUGACAUUUCACUGGAGGCGGACCAGCAACAUCCGCGGCACCAGCGAGGUGACGAUUGCCUGGAGAAUCGAGUCAUGGGCUCCGUCUGGUGAAUACAGGCUGCGAUACUACGGAGAUUACAAGUCCAUCACCGGGCGCAUUACUCCCUUUGAUGGCGCAAGCAGGGCAUUUACGGUCUCUUGA